AGAAUCUCAGAAACUCCUGUGAACACAACUCCUCCCUCCACAUCCAACACCAUGACCAACUCCUGCUGCUCCCCUUGCUGCCAGCCCACCUGCUGCAGGACCACCUGCUGCAGGACCACCUGCUGGAGACCAAGCUGUGUGACCAGCUGUUGCCAGCCCUGCUGCCAGCCCAGCUGCUGUGGCUCCAGCUGCUGCCAGCCUUGCUGUCAAACCACCUGCUGCAGGACCUGCUUCCAGCCAUGCUGUGUGAGCAGCUGCUGCCGCACACCCUGCUGCCAGCCCUGCUGCUGUGUGUCCAGCUGCUGCCAGCCCUGCUGCCAGCCCAGCUGCUGUCAGUCCAGCUGCUGCCAGCCUAGGUGCUGUGAGUCCAGCUGCUGCCAGCCCAGGUGCUGUAUCUCCAGCUGCUGCCAGCCCUGCUGCAGGCCUAGCUGCUGUCAGUCUAGCUGCUGCAGGCCCUGCUGCCAGCCCUUCUGCCUCAACCUGUGCUGCCAGCCAGCCUGCUCUGGACCUGUGACCUGCACCAGGACUUGCUACCAGCCAACAUGUGUUUGUGUGCCUGGUUGCCUGUCCCAAGGCUGUGGGUCCAGCUGUUGUGAGCCCUGUGGCUGUUGA